AUGUUCCCAGCCAGCGCGGUACCCCUCCUCCUCAGGUUCGCCGCCGCUGCGAUCACCGGAGCGGCGGCGCUCGUCGCCCUCAGGAGCGUCCACCGGGAGGAGGCUGUCGCUGCGCUGCGCCGUGAUGUUCGCGACGCCCUCCGCCGCCUCGAUGAGCCUCCCGCGGUCCUGGUCACGGGGUUCAGGGCCCACGGGAAGAGCGCCCUCAUCAACACCGCGUGCCGUGCCCUCGCCGCUGAGGCCGGACCGGUGCUCCUCCGGACUGAGACGGCCCCGCGGGGCCCUGGAGGCGCUACACUCGCCCGCCUAGUCGUCCGUGCUGCGGUGGCGAGGGGCAGCAGCGAGGAGGAGGAGGGAGGGGGGUCGGAGGACGAGGAAGAGGAAGAGGAGGACGCGGUGGUGGAGAUGGUGGACGCCCCGGCCCUGCCGGAGCCGGGAAUUCUAACGAGGUCGGACGUGGAAGCCGCCGUCUGCGGCAGCCCUGGCAACCCUCCGCCGGACUGCGUGAUCCUGGUGCUCCGCUGCGGCGGACCGUCGAAGGAAAGUCGCGUGGCGGUCAAAAAGCUGGCCGACAUCGCUACCGUGGUCCGUGAAAGAGGCCUGCAAUUUGUGGUCGUGCUAACCCACAAGAAGCACAUAAAGAGUAAGAGGCAAGCCGAGGAACUCCGGCGGGAGAUCGCCCUCCGAGCCCGAACAGACUGCGUCUACUUCAUCGAAAACUACACCGCCGGCAACAUGCUCCAUCUCCGGCGUCCCUGGACGUCAAAGAACAACUUCGAGACGCAUUUCACGGUGCUAACGAUGAUGAGGCAGUGCAUCGAGUUCACCAAGUUGCACCGCAGCAAUUUGGCGCGGAAAGCCAAUGACAACGCCAACAGCAGUAGGCUACUAUAGGGAACAUGGAAACUUAUGUUCUAUCAGAAGGUUAUCCCAAUGCAUUCGUU